AUGGCUGCCUCCGUGGUGCUCCUUCUUCUGGUGCUGCAAAGCUCGCUUAAGGAUGAACGUGCGGGGGAACAGCAAUGCUCCAUGAACAAGACGGACACGACAUCCUUCCACGACAGUGAUGGCAUCGCGUUUCUGAUCGAUCACGGGGACAGACACAAGCCCUUUGUGCUCUUCGCUUUUGAGGUCGGUACAGCUAACUUUCGCGAAGUGGCGCGUGUGGACUUGGUGUUCGAUGGCUUGCCACCGACGGCACUUCAUGGCUUCGCAGAUGGCCGUGUUUUACUUGGUUUCACGGACAGGGUAGAUUUUGUAGAUCUGCAGGCGGGCACCCAAGAAGUGUUGCAUGAUCUGCGUGGGCAGAGUUCCCGCUCGUCAAAGGCGAUCGAUGCUUUUGCAUGGAAUGGUGGCAGCCUGUUGGUUGCCGUGGAUGACAUCCUUACCCCAAAAUGGAUGGUGAAUUUUGACGUGUCUCUAGCCCGUAGGCCAACCCUUCUGGGCACAACGCGAUUGCCAGAUGGUGUAAAUGAACACAACAGGGAUGCAUUGUUUCUGGACACCCAUUCUUUGGUCUUGCUAAGUGAGUUUGGACACAUGGGAGGCAGAGGAUCCAUAUUAUCGUUUCUGUCUUUGGACACCGCAGCCCUCAAUUUUACAGCUGCUUUUGCGGUCGAGCUUAUGGAGUGGGAAGCAGAAGAGGGAACCACUUGGGUGGGGCCUUUCUCGCGGAUGCGAAAGUUGGAGAAAAGCACAAACAAUGACAUUGUGAUUGCUGCGGAAGAACGUGGUUUGGUGAUCAUACCAGCAGAGACGCAGCGCGAAUGUUUCAGCAUCACGAACCAGGCACAGUUAGAGAAUAAGCUGAAGCAAGAUGCGAAACGGAUUAAGACAAAAUUUCCUGCUGUCAAUGUGCGCUGCCGUCAGAACAUGACCGUCGUGCUGCAAGUUGAGACCUUGAUGGAGAACAAUGAGGAAUCUCCCUCCCAGUUCCACAUAUCAAUCUACAACAGCAAGUGGGAAGAGGUACACACUUCUGCUUGGCCUUACCAGUGGUCAGACGGGCAGGAUUCUUGA